UAAUAGGAUUUUCUGAAUUCUCAAAGGAGGUAUGCAAAGAGAAACAACAAGAUUUUAAAACUGGCUUUAUUUUGUUGUCAUUUUCAGUCUCAUUUUCAUAAAUAAAGGAGGAAUUAUUUGAAAAAGUGAUUUUGAAGUUACAUAUUAUGAUUAGCUUUUUACAAAAGUAGCCAAAGGCUUCCAAACAAACCUUUCAUGGAAACACUUUUUUGCAAGUUGUUCAGCUAAUGGUUCAUUCUCAAUCAAAUGUAUAGUCUUAUGUGCCAGUUACAUUGUAUAUCUCUAAAGUCAGCUGGUACUUUAAGAACAGUAAUCAUCCUGUAAUACUUUUUAAAAUACCGAAGUAUCCCUUUGAAUUGUUUUCUUUUUCAUUGCUUAACUGUUAGUUUAGAGGUGUGUAUGUGAUCAUGGGACAUGCAUUUAACUUUAGAAAACAGAAUAGUAUUUUGUUUUAGAGUUAGUACAUUGAAAAAUGGGUCAGAAAAUACAGAUUGGUUUUCUUGUCAGUAAAAGUAAUCUGCCAUAUUUUAUGCUUGAAUUACUAAUAAUUUCACUUAUAUGCAUAUUGUAAUCACUCUGUGUUACAUACAUUUCUCCAUUUAGUUUUUAAGAUUUUUUAAGAAGCAACCUAAAAUAAAGAGCAAAGAUCUAGCUUCUUUAAUAUGAAGUAGGCAUCCUAUAUUAUGUUUUAUCAGGAAUAAUACAAUUUAACUAAAAGAUAUUGUUAAUAACAGGUACUCAGACUCUAAAGUAAUUUACAUAGCUUUUGAACGUAUGUUUUCAAAGAACUUAGUAGCAUCCCAUACUGUGUUAUGUUUAUAGGUUUAGACCUCUCCCCCUCUAUUGAGCUCUUAACACUUUUAAAAUGGAAAACAAAUAGUAAAGCAGUUGCUAAAAAUGGCAGUUGGAGUAGCUUAAGAGUUUGAAUUGUUUGUUUAAGGACUGAAACCAAAUAUAAAAACUUUUAAGGGGAUUUUUUUUUCAUCAUUCAACAAGGAACUGAAAAUUACAAGGCUUAUUUGCAAUCUUAAUUAUUUACUCAAUCUGUUUCCUCCCACGUCUCUAAAUGGGAACGCACAACUUUAAUUUUAAAGGACAUAUUCCCAUAGGGAAAUAUAGAUAUCACUGUAAAACUUACGACUUUGAGUUAAGUAAAAAGAUUGUGGCCAUCACUGGCUUUUGAGCUGCAGAAGCAGAAGACAUGUACCUGCCCUUCGGGGGUAUUAGGGACCCGACUAAACACACUUAUUCUUCUCUCUGAUUGCUGGACCAUUCCCCAACUAUUUGGAGCUCCACAAAAUAUCAGGACUUCAUCAAGAGCUCAGUGAAGGGUGAGAUCUCAAAGAUUAAUAUAGAGGACUCAUUCCAAAUAUAGAACCAGUUAAGUUUGCAUGCUCCCUUCUGUUGAAGAAAUAUCAAGGGGUUUCCUGUCUUGGCACUACUUAGCAGCAGCUGCGGCUAUGUAUCCACUUGACAUCUGGUGAAAUUGUAGUUUUUGAUGGAGGAACAUUUAAAGUUGACAACUGUCAUUGAAACAACUGGUAUAUAGUUUUCAAAGACAAGCUAGAAACCAGUAAUAGACUAAGUACUUCAAUUUUGUUAAAAGAAACUGGGUAAAGGGUUCAAGUUAUAUAAGAUAGGGAAGUGUGGUUUUCCAGGUAAAGGUUCUCUCUCUUUUUCUGUUGGAGAUGUCAUUCAUCAACAUAACGAAGCCUAAAUUUAAAAGACUAAGACAAAAUAUUUACAAAUCACAUAAAAGUGAGGAAACAGCAAAAUUAGUAGUCAUUAGGAGAAAGCCAGGGAAGUCAGGACAUUCAUCACAUCCUUUCCUCAUCUGCUUUCCUCACUGAGUCUCUGAGUGCUCAUUAAAUGCUUUCAAUACAGUGUUAUUAAGUGUAUGAACAUGGUUGUCAUGCUCCUCCAGGAAUCUUGAAACCAGGAAUGCCAGGUAUAUAACAGCGGGUUACAAAAGAAAACACGGAUUCCUAAAUCAGUGUUUUACUGUCAGUGCAGUGUUAAAUGUCAAUGCAACACUUAAGUUGCAUUGACAUUCAUGUGUUGAUCGGAUUGUACAAUGUGACGUGUGAGAUUUCUCGGGACCGUCGAAGCUCAGACAACUCCAGGGCUGCAAUUUACUCGUCUGGCUGCCCUCGAACCAGGCUCCCUUGGCGCGUGGGGCUCUCCCGGCGCUUGGUCACGACCCGCGCCGCAGUCAGGAUACCACGGCGAUCUGGGGUCGCUUUGUAAGGAGCUCCGACCUCCGGGCAGUGCAGGGAUACUCGACGGCGCGCGAUGUCCCGGCGGCUCGGCGAGCCUGGCGCGCUGAGAGCCCCAGCAGUCCGAGUCCUCGAGCUCGGGCGUCUUCGCGCCGCCGCCCCGCUCAGUGCGCCCAGGCACCGCGGCCGUGACGUCACGCCCGGGACUGGCCGUUGCAGCAAGACGGCCGCGUUCCGGUUCCGGUAGGUUGCCCGGGAGACGCGGGUACACAGAGAAGCGGCUCCCGUCGGAGGCCGAGUCGUCGCCACGAUCGCCCCCUUGGUGGACUCGCAGGCCGAGCCGCUUCCCCGCAGAGCUCGAGGAGGGCAGACGGCGGCGGGGGCGCCAUGAGUCAGAGGCAGGUGCUGCAAGUGUUCGAGCAAUACCAGAAGGCCAGGACCCAGUUCGUGCAGAUGGUGGCGGAGCUGGCGACUAGACCCCAAAACAUCGAGACGCUGCAGAACGCGGGUGUAAUGUCUUUGCUGAGAACUCUUCUUCUGGACGUGGUCCCAACAAUUCAACAGACUGCUGCUUUGGCUCUUGGGAGACUGGCCAAUUAUAAUGAUGACCUAGCAGAAGCUGUUGUGAAGUGCGACAUUCUUCCACAGCUUGUUUAUUCAUUGGCAGAACAGAAUCGCUUCUACAAGAAAGCAGCUGCCUUUGUGUUACGAGCAGUUGGUAAACAUUCUCCCCAGCUAGCUCAGGCAAUAGUCGAUUGUGGAGCACUGGAUACGCUGGUCAUAUGCUUGGAAGAUUUUGACCCUGGAGUCAAGGAGGCUGCAGCCUGGGCACUUAGAUAUAUUGCAAGACAUAAUGCAGAACUGUCACAAGCUGUGGUGGAUGCGGGAGCUGUUCCUCUUUUAGUACUCUGUAUCCAGGAGCCAGAAAUUGCUUUGAAAAGGAUUGCUGCUUCGGCCCUCAGUGAUAUUGCAAAGCAUUCUCCAGAGUUAGCACAGACAGUAGUGGAUGCAGGAGCUGUUGCUCAUUUAGCCCAGAUGAUCCUGAACCCUGAUGCUAAAUUGAAGCAUCAGAUCCUUUCAGCUCUCAGUCAGGUUUCAAAACAUUCCGUGGAUCUGGCAGAAAUGGUUGUUGAAGCAGAGAUUUUUCCAGUUGUACUUACCUGUCUGAAGGACAAGGAUGAAUACGUGAAGAAAAAUGCUUCUACUUUAAUUAGAGAGAUUGCAAAACAUACACCCGAGCUUUCACAGCUGGUAGUUAACGCAGGAGGGGUUGCUGCCGUGAUUGACUGCAUUGGGUCCUGCAAAGGGAACACACGGCUGCCUGGCAUCAUGAUGCUUGGUUAUGUAGCAGCUCAUUCUGAGAACCUAGCAAUGGCAGUCAUCAUUUCUAAGGGUGUACCCCAGUUGUCAGUCUGCUUGUCAGAAGAACCGGAAGAUCACAUUAAGGCUGCAGCUGCUUGGGCCUUAGGACAGAUUGGAAGACACACUCCUGAACACGCACGGGCUGUUGCAGUCACAAAUACUUUGCCAGUUCUGCUUUCUUUGUACAUGUCAACAGAAAGUUCUGAGGAUCUCCAAGUAAAAGUGCUGCCGCAUGAUAGCAAAGCUCGACGACUUUUUGUAACAAGUGGUGGCCUUAAAAAAGUUCAAGAGAUAAAAGCAGAACCUGGUUCUCUCCUUCAAGAAUACAUCAACAGUAUUAACAGUUGUUACCCCGAGGAAAUAGUGAGGUAUUAUUCCCCUGGAUAUUCAGAUACACUUCUGCAGAGGGUGGACAGCUAUCAACCACUUAAUAACUGAGCAAAGUUAUAUUUUGAUACUCAAAUUCACAGCAGAGUAGUUUUGAGUAACAGUAAUUAAAUCCUUCUAAAUAUUUGAACUAAGUAUAUUCUAGAUUUAUUUAAUGGGAAAUACCUUUAGAUAAUAUUUUCUAAAUUUAUGUAAUACUUUAAACAUUCGUAGCUUGAAUAUGUGAGGAACUAUUCAUGGUCAUUCGCGUGCAUAGGAUUUGUUCUACAGGUAGAUUUUAAAAACACGUUAAAGGGCCUUAAGGCAUUUUGUUAUUCUGUUAAAAACCACACACACUCGUACAUGCAGACACCUCCAAUGAGAUAUAGUUAAGAGAUGGCAUUCAAAAACCCUAAAUUAUUCUAGCCAAUUUGUCAUAGGCAUAGGCAAGGAAAGCUGGCCUUGCUAACUAUAUAGUAGUAUCCAGAAGAGAAAUCUUUGAAGGAGGAAACUGAUGACAGAUAUACAGGGCACUUGAAGGAGACUCUGAUGCUAGUUAUAUAAGUGCAUUAACUUAAGAACACAGACUCUGUGGGUAACCUGUUAGGUUUUACUAAGAAUUUAGGAAAAAUUUACUCCUCUUUAUCACAAGUUUUCCAAACCUCCUUCCCCACCCUAUCUAAAGUGUUCCUUACCUUUCAUGGGCCCAGCGAGGGUAGAAUUCAGAAUAAAGAGUUAUACUCCUGCAUACAUGCUCUCCCUCUCAUUGAAAGGUUUCUUAGUCUAGCUCUGCUCAUGAAUGAACAAAGAAGCAGGCAUGUAAAAUGGAUCCUUGUCCUAACGUCACUUUCCCAAGUUUCAAAAGUCACAUUUUCAGGUAUUUAAGGAAUAGUUUGAAGAUAAUACCAUCAGGCUCAGAGUUUACAUGCAUUUUUACUUAGGAAGUGGUAAACGGGUGAAAGAGGGUUUCAAUAAAAUUUUAAAUAAAAACAGCA